AUGUCGCGCAAUCUGGCGGACUACUUCGGGCAAGGAGGGCCGAUAACCCCGCGACGGGGGCCACGGGAAGAUUACGUCGGGCCGUCAGUGUCGAUGGCUGUGGAGGCUGAGGACGACGACAAGUUUGAGAAGGCGACGUUCAACCUGAAGCGGACGCGGUCGAUGGGGCUGCUGGAUGAGUAUAUCAGCCCCACACGGCGGCUGCUGGAGCAGGAUGAGGCUGCGCUUGAGCCGGAGGGCGAAGCGACGUGGGUGGCGCAGGCCUCGCCGCAGCUUCCGCCGCUGGCGGUGAGUCACUUGGAGGGCAGCAAGUCGCCGCCUGAGCCGGACACCGAUAGCUACAUGCUUCCGCUGGACGACAUCGAUGUGCACCACGAGCCCAACCGGCAUGUCGACUACCUUUCGCACGACUGGGAUGAGUGUGACAUCUCUCAGUCCUGGAAGUACAUCAUCCUGAAGAAGAGACAGAAGGGAGAGCAGGACCUCGUGAACGCGGCGCGGCUCGAGAACGCAUCCUGGAGGACGUGGGCCAAAGCCCGGAAUAAUCUACGCACCGUGAGCCCAGAGGUUGUCAACUGGUCCAAGGACUCGGACGUCACAUGGCUGUAUGGGCCUAUAUUACGUGAUAGCGGUCACGCUCAGACAUUGACACGCAAUGCCGUAGCGGAUAUGGAAGAGCUUGUCUAUGGUUCCGAUGACGAAAAUUCCAAGCGGGUUUCGAAGAAGAAGUCUGGUGGUAGCACUGGCCCCCCUCAACGUCCGGGGCCAAAGCCGAUUUUAAAAAAGAGGACUGUCUCAGAAAUUAUUGAGGAGAAUUCUCUAUGGAGAUUAACAGUCGCUCGUCAACACCGUAAGCAAAUAGCUGAUGCUAAUUCCAUUAUGGAUGGCUAUGGACAUAAUUAUCAGCACGAUGAUUACGACGCCUUGGCUGCGCGCGUCAAUUCCCAGUAUUAUACUGGUACGAUCUCUAAUGAUUAUAGUAGAAAUGGGAAGCGGAAUCAUGGAACCGAGUCUGAGGGGCCUUCUUCGCCCCUGGCGGACAAGGUGGACAAUCACCCAUUGACGAAGGAAAGCUCUUCGAGAAAGGUUCCACCGUAUAAAAAGGAUGAAGAGAAGCAAACUGAGCACCAUCUCACGCAGGAGAAAAUGGACCAGGGGUCACACGCUCAAAAGGAUCAAAAGGAAUUUUACAUUGGAAGGCACCAAGAACACGGGCAUGGGGAUCUGCCCGAUCACACAUUACAGGAAUAUGGGCGUAGACUAAAGGAGCCGGUUUUGCUCCCUCUGCACGAUAAGGGCCAAACUUCAGGGCAAGAUGCUACAGGAGACGAACUGCCCGCACGGCAGGCGCCACAACAAACACAAGCUCCGGCAGAACGGCAUGAUCUGGCAUCAUUGAAAGACAUGGCCCCUAUAGCGCCGGUACUGGCCUCUAUAUUAACAUCUACUAAUUCAGAAAGGGAAAAAGUAAAAGACAGGCAUAUCCAUUUCAAUGAUCGCGUGGAACAGUGCGUGGCGGUUAAUCACUACACUGAUGAUGAUUAUGAUGACGAUAAUGAAUAUGAGGAGGAUGGCUAUGAUUAUGAAUACGAUGACUAUGAUGAUUCUGCGCCAACCGCAAGGGUCUAUUCAAGUCAAUACGAUGAUGAAAGCACCGACCACUACGGCUCUUCCGGUGAAGAAGAAGAGGAGGAAGAUGGACUGUUUAUCAGCGCAACGGGCCGCAAAACCACUGAGAAUGUACCUCCAAUCCAAACAGACGCUUCUUCGUAUGGCUCUUCCACGGUAGGACAUGGUAGUCGGUGCCAAAUGCAUUUGAUCAUCAAGAUGCUACCUGCUACCACGUUAAAUUAUGGUUCUGAUGAUGAGUAUUAUGACGGAGGCGACUACUACAGAGGUAACGCCGUCUCGCACAAUGUUAAUACAUACAGGGGUUAUGAUUAUGUUUAUGACUACAAUUCUGUUUAUACGGCCGAUACAUCUAAUUUUCUCGCAUUCAAUAACUGCGAUAUUGUGGACGUGCCUGAAGAUUUGCAAACACCGGUAGAUGAAGAAGGGGCACCAAAGUUCCGAUACGAAUCGCCGGAGGAGACGAAGGAUAGAGAGCAGGAACCUACAGAGAUAUCAAACGAAAAUAUCGAGGUGAUACCGGUCCCCAGCUCUAUCAGUAGCAAAAUAUCAUAUCAUGUGACCGAAUUUUCAUCCAACAGCGACAUGAGCGAUGACUCGCUUUCCGAGCAAAGCGGAGUCUCCCUCUCCAACGGUUGUACAAUUUCUACGGGUAAGGUAGAUGACGAAAAUGAUUCGUUGGCAUUAAAAAGAACGCCAUCAUUGGGUAAGUCCCAAAAUAGUUCCUUGCAUGACCUCCAAUACAACAAGCCUACUUUUCCGGCAUCUUUCAGUUUUAUCACUGGGAAUGCAGUGCCAUCUAGGGUGGUUCCGCAGCCACACGAGCAGCAGCUGCAGCAACAACAGCACCAACAGCACCAACAGCACCAACAGCACCAAGUACAUCACCAACAGUCUACUAACAAACCCACUCUUGUGAAGCGCAGUUCUUCUAAAAGUUUUAUUUUUGAUGAUUCUGAUACAGAAGAUUCUGAACCAGACUCCAUAGUACCACCUCCACAGAUAUCCCAUUCCUUGAGUAAUGAUUCGAAUACCAAAUCUCCUUACAGUAUACCGACUAGGAAUACCUCGGCAUCUACGUCUCCGAAAAAUAUCCCCCCGCCUAACUUUGGCUCCUUGGGGUCAGGUAAUUCGCACGCAUCAUUGAAUCACGUAGCCAUUCCAGGUUAUAUUUCUCCAAGAAACGGCUCGAUGCAGUCUGUCAUCAGUGAAGAGAAGUUAAUACCUGCUACGAAGACCGUUAGCCAUACCUCAACCUCUGCUGAGGAAACCUCGAGAAACUUGGAUCUGGAUUCUGUAAACAAAACAUUCGGAGAUUGUCGUAUUGGCUCCCCUGAUUCCAGUGAAUUUGCCUACAAGACCGAACGGGGCCAACAGCAAUCUAGUACCAAGAUGAUGGAAAUGGCAAGUAAAUACCUUAACUCAUGGAAAAGGUAG